CAGCUGUCAUUUGCUAAAUAAACGGGAAUGGGAAGGCUGUUCGUUUCCCGAUAAAAAAGACACUCCCUUUUUAAUUUUACAGUGGUUUUAUAAUUGUUUCGACCAGUGGAAUUGUAUUUUUAUAUACCGACAUGCGUUAUGGCACCUACAGUAACAAUAUGAAAUGUUAAACAUUGUGGACAUUUCAUAAAACGUUACUCAUAAUCUACACAGGAGAAUGUCUACCAUCUCAAGGACAGUACAUAUCAGCCAGCAAAAGCUGGCUGAAAAGCUUAUCAUACUAAAUGAUCGAGGUAUUGGCAUGUUGACUAGAAUUUACAACAUUAAAAAAGCAUGCGGCGAUGCUAAGUCCAAACCAGCGUUUCUAUCAGAUAAAACCUUGGAAUCAUCCAUCAAACAUAUUGUGAGAAGGUUCCCUAAUAUUGAUAUAAAAGGUUUGCAAGCAAUAACUAACAUUAGGAAUGAGAUCAUCAAGUCUCUGUCACUGUAUUAUUACACAUUUGUAGAUCUAUUAGACUUCAAAGACAAUGUAUGUGAACUUUUAAACAUAAUGGAUGCUUGUCAAGUCACUCUGGAUUUAACCUUGAAUUUUGAACUGACAAAAAAUUACCUUGACUUAGUAACUACAUAUGUGGCAUUAAUGAUCUUGCUUUCAAGAGUUGAAGACAGGAAAGCAGUGCUCGGUUUAUUUAAUGCCGCUCAUGAGAUGGUCCAUAAUCAAAUUGAUCCAAGUUUUCCACGCUUAGGUCAACUGAUUGUUGAUUAUGAUACACCUUUUAAAAAGUUGUCUGAAGAAUUUGGUCCACACCAAAAGCUGCUAUCGAGUGCUCUGAACUCACUAUGGCAUGUUUAUCCGGCGAGAAACAUGACAGCUGAGCACUGGAGGUCAGAACAAAAGUUGAGCCUUGUUAGCAAUCCUGCUCUGCUGUUAAAACCUUCAGAAACCAAUACCAUGUCAUGUGAAUAUGUGUCUCUAGAAUCACUAGAGAGAUGGGUGAUGUUUGGUUUUGCACUGUGCCACCAAAUGUUGCAACAAGACCAUGCUAAUAAGAUGUGGGUGAGUGCACUACAAUCUGGUUGGGUUGUCGCACUAUUCAGAGAUGAAGUGAUCUACAUUCACACAUAUAUUCAGAGUUUCUUUGAUGGAAUCAAGGGAUAUGGAAAAAGAAUUUCAGAAGUUAAGGAUUGCUACCACCAUGCUGUACAAAAAGCAGGAUACAAACAUAGAGAGAGGAGAAAGUUCUUAAGAACAGCUUUAAAGGAGUUGGGUCUGAUUUUGACUGAUCAGCCUGGCCUGCUGGGGCCUAAGGCAUUGCUAAUAUUUAUAGGCCUGUGUUAUGCUAGAGAUGAAGUGUUUUGGCUAUUGCGUCACAAUGAUAAUCCACCACAAAAAGUGAAAGGAAAAUCUACAGAAGAUCUGGUUGAUCGCCAGCUGCCUGAACUACUCUUCCACAUGGAGGAACUUAGAGCACUUGUGCGCAAGUACAGUCAAGUUAUGCAAAGAUAUUACGUGCAGUAUCUUUCAGGUUUUGAUGCUGUAGCACUAAACCUCAUGAUACAGAAUUUACAAGUGUGCCCUGAAGAUGAAAGUGUCAUUCUAUCCUCCCUAUGUAAUACAGCAGCUAAUUUAAAUGUCAAGCAGGUUGAAAGCAAUGAAAUCUUUGAUUUCCGAGCAUUCCGCUUAGAUUGGUUCAGAUUACAGGCAUACACAUCUGUUGCAAAAACACAACUGAGCUUGGUAGAUCAAAGAGAAUUGGCACAAUUUAUUGACAAAAUGGUAUUCCACACUAAAAUGGUAGAUAACCUUGAUGAAAUAAUGGUGGAAACAUCUGACUUGUCCCUGUUCUGUUUUUACAGCAAAAUAUUUGAGAGCCAAUUCCACAUGUGCUUAGAAUUUCCAGCUCAAAAUCGUUACAUUAUUGCAUUUCCACUUAUUUGCAGCCACUUCCAGAACUGUACACAUGAACUCUGUCCAGAGGAAAGACAUCACAUCAGGGAAAGGAGUCUUUCAGUUGUCAAUAUCUACUUGGAUGAAAUGGCAAAAGAGGCAAAGAAUAUAAUCACUACUAUUUGUGAUGAGCAAUGCACAAUGAGUGAUAAAUUGCUACCAAAACACUGUGCACAGACUAUUGCUCAUCUGGCAAAUAGAAAGAAAAAAGACAAGAAUAAAAAGAACCCUAUAGAAAUUGUUAAACCUGGAGAUGAGAGUUACAGGAUAACUAGGGAAGAGUUGACCACAAUGGAUAAACUCCACAUGGCCUUGACCGAAUUGUGUUAUGCCAUAAACUAUUGUUCUACUGUAAAUGUUUGGGAAUACACCUUUGCACCCCGUGAAUAUUUACAUCAACAUUUGGAGACUAGAUUUUCUAAAGCAUUAGUUGGAAUGGUAAUGUUCAAUCAAGAUACUAGUGAAAUUGCAAAACCUUCAGAGUUGCUGGUGAGUGUCAGAGCGUACAUGAAUGUUCUGCAAACUGUUGAAAACUAUGUACACAUUGACAUAACAAGAGUUUUUAACAAUUGUUUGUUGCAACAAACUCAGAAUAUGGACAGCCAUGGUGAAAAAACCAUAGCAUCACUUUACACACAGUGGUAUUCAGAAAUUUUACUCAGAAGAGUAAGUGCUGGAAACAUUUGUUUUUCAAUGAAUCAAAAGGCCUUUGUGAGUCUGUCAGCUGAAGGAGCUAUACCUUUUAACGCUGAAGAGUAUUCUGAUAUUAAUGAACUGAGGGCUCUAGCUGAAUUGAUUGGGCCUUAUGGUAUGAAAUUAUUAAGCGAGACACUAAUGUGGCAUAUUGCCAGUCAAGUACAGGAACUGAAAAAGUUAGUUGUGCAAAAUAAAGAAGUGCUACAGAUGCUUCGCACAAACUUUGACAAACCUGAUAUUAUGAGAGAGCAAUUCAAAAGAUUGCAGCAUGUGGAUAAUGUACUGCAGAGGAUGACAAUAAUCGGCGUUAUAUUAAGUUUUCGCCAAAUAGCACAAGAGUCAGUACUCGACGUAUUAGAACGACGUAUUCCCUUUUUGAUAAGCUCCAUUAAAGAUUUUCAGCAACAGUUGCCCAGUGGUGACCCAACGCGCGUCAUAUCUGAAAUGUGUUCUGCGGCUGGGCUGUCGUGUAAAGUUGACCCUACCCUCGCUUCAGCCCUUCGCCAACACAAAGCUGAGCUUGAGGAAGAAGAGCAUCUUAUAGUGUGUUUGCUUAUGGUGUUUGUGGCAGUGUCAAUGCCAAGACUGGCCCGAAGCGAGGGUUCAUUUUACAGGCCUUCUUUAGAGGGCCAUGCUAACAACAUACAUUGCAUGGCACCUGCUAUUAAUCACAUAUUUGGUGCUUUGUUUACAAUUUGUGGUCAAAAUGACAUUGAAGACAGAAUGAAAGAAUUUCUAGCAUUAGCGUCUUCUUCGCUUUUGAGGCUCGGACAGGAGACAGAAAAGGAAGCUAUUAAAAACCGCGAGUCUGUCUAUUUGCUACUUGAUUUAAUAGUCCAGGAGUCCCCGUUUCUUACUAUGGACUUGUUGGAAUCAUGUUUCCCGUAUGUUUUAAUACGUAACGCGUAUCAUGACGUAUACAAACAAGAACAAAUGCUAUUGCAUUCUUAAUUCCGUUUAUUUAAAAGACAUUGAAUAAUUAUAGGAAUUACCUAAUACAGUCUCGAUGACAUAUUCCAUUGCGUUAUGAAUACUAAUUAUCAUUAUUAUUCUAUUGAUGAGUUUUAUAAACUGAUAAAUUAAUUAUUUGAAUGAAAUAGUGUAUAGCGGUCAUAAAUGUUUUUAAUAAGACUGGAUAAAUAUUCCUUUUCAUUAAGUUUACUUUGGCUAUUAUAUCUUUUACAGCUAUUUAGUAUUUAUGUGUAUCAUAAUAUUGAAGUAGUGCCCAUAGUCAAGUCAAAUAAGUGGUUUACUGUUUUCUAGAAAAAUUUACUUUUUAUUAGUGUCAAUGAUUGAGUUCACAAUAGAUGGGUUGUAGUAGUUGAGUUUUCCUAUGGAAUAUUAUUCUUUUGAUUUUAAAUUAUUGAUCUAAAAUCGGGCAUUAGAAAUAUAUGUAUACCGUCUUCUGUUAUUCAUUAGUGCUAUGAAAUGAAUGAUAAUGUUCACAGUGACACAUUGCAAAUAGAUUGCUUAGUUAAAUUGCGGCCAAACUCAUUUUUCAUACAAAAUCUUGGAAACCAUGGACUAGAACAAAGGCAACCUAAUAUAGUUUAAAUUAUGCAUAAAAUAAACUUUAAUUUGACAUAUUAGACGACUAAAUAUCUGAUAAGGGUACUUAAAUAACACUACUUACCUGUUUAUAUCUGGCAACCCCACAGUUGCAGUGUGAAUAUGUGAAAGCAGACAACCUUUAUACAUUUUUCAAAUUUUUGGGUAUAUUCUAGUAGUAACUAAAUUUUUACUUUUUAACUUUUUAAUUAACCAACGAGGAAAGGAAAUUAAAAAAAACAUUUAAUACUAUCCGGCCGCAAUUUAACUAGGUAAUCUAUGUGCAAUGUGUCAAUGUGAAUAUUUUCUAUAAUUUAUUUCUCAUCCCAAUUAAAUAACAGAUGAGGGUAUAUAUUUCUUAUGCCGGAUCUUGUACUAUAUAGAGUAUAUAUUAUGUUCUUGGAUUGGAUUGACAUAAACCGACCUUUUUGACUUUGCUAUUGGUAAAUUUUGAUACCUGAGCUAAAACCGUAGUUUAGGCGAUAGCUUACCUUUAAGUAUAAUACAUAUAUUAUGAAGCUUUAUUUAAUAAUAGUAAAAAAUUAUGUAACAGACAGAUUUUGUCAGCAACACUAAUCAUACUUGUAGCUCCUAAUUAACUGGAAGAUAAUACAAACACGAAAACUGGAGGUUGAAGAUCAUUGCAUUUUGAUUAAUAUAAUACGAUAAAAUUAGUUAGCGGAUAAAUAAUAAAUUUUAUUACAUCAUAUAAAACAUCCGCCGUUAUCUCAUGACAUCACCAUGCUUACAAUGUAGAUAUAUAAUUAUUCACAAUAGCAGGAAACUUUAUUAGACUUCAUUUUGAAUUUGAAACUUGUUAAAAAUAGAUAUUUGCUGACAAAAUUAUUUUCUUUGUUAUUUUUUUUUAUAUUCUCAUAAUAUGUUAACACAUUAAUCUUAAUGUUGAAAUAGCUGAAGUCUUGUUAUUUAGUUAUCUUCUGCAAUUGUAAAAAUCUUUAAAGCGGAAAUUUUAUCGAACUUUAGUUCCACCGAUUUUAUAUAAUUUUAGGGCAUUUUCUAAUAGUGUUAUAGGUAACUGUAUUAUUAAAAUUAUUUACCUUUAAUUGUUUUUUUAAUAAACGUAUAUGUAAGUAUAGUAUAAAGAAGAAUAUGUAGAACUUUGUUCUGCAGUAGGUAAUAAAAUGUCUUCAAAAUGUAAUUAGGUAUCCAAAAGUUCAGUCAAUUUCCAGGAGGCCUAAUGUUAAUAAACUAUUCAAGAAAAAAAUGCGUUUGACCUUCAGAAUGAACAAAAACUUGCAAUAAAAAAUAUACCUAUGUUAUGCAGUGGCGUGCACAAGGUUUUUUAUCUAGGGUAGGCUCUAUACGUAUAAAUUGUACAAAUUGGAACAUUCCUCUUCCAAUAUCAAUUCGGAAUGAAUCCUCAGGGUAUGGAUUGCGUUUAUGCAUUUAUGAAGUGUACGUCACUGAUAAUAACUUUAAUAACAACUGCACGAUAUUAGAGUGACAACGCACUAACGGCCUGCCAACAAAACCAUGAUUAUGAUCUUACUUUCAAGUAAGUGCCUACCUACUCUAUAAUAUCUUAUUUAUUUUCAGCGAUUUUUCUCCCAAUCUGCCAUUAAUAAGUCGUUAAAGAAAACGGAUUAAAAUGAUUUUCUGUUAUUCUAAAUUACGCGCUGCCUAUUUCUUCAGGUCCUCCAAAAUUUCUCAUACUAUUUUGUAUGACCAUCAGACUAGAUUGACACGACAUUAUCUUUCACGUUUUUUUUACAAUAUAAACGUCUUAACAAAUAAUGUCGUUGUUCAUAGAACCGUUCACAAGACGUUAAUACUGCGAAAAAACGUAUACCGUAAAACAUGGACGUUUAGACAUAAACUGUAAAAACGUGCAAGACAAUGUUCUGUAAAUCUAACCUUUCCCUCAUUGUAUUUAUUUGUACUUGGGAAUAACAUAUUAUAUUAUUAUAAAUAAGUAAGUAUAAUAAAUACACUUUUGUAACUUGUAUAUAAAUGAAUUAUAUAUGCACUCCAAAAUAUA